AUGCAGGAUUUCCCCCGGAAACCUGCACCCUCCAGCCCCAAUCUCAAGCUGUCCCACCCUGCCUCCCCUCCCUCCUCUCCUCUUCCUGCUCCUCUUUCUCCUCCUUCCUGGCCCCCACAGGCCCACCUGGACUCCCAGUCAGUGUUCUCCCUCCAUGAGGGGCAGGGGGAGGCGCUGGGGGUGGACCCCCGGCCUCUCCAUGGUGAAAUAUCUGAGAGCCUCGGGGACCUGGGACAACCAGCCUGCCACGAUGUCUCAACUUUAACAGACCUUUGUUCCGACCUGCCCGAGUUGGAGAUAGUGAGCCUGCUGUCUGAGGGUCAGCCCAGCUACACUCUGCGAGCCGACACGGUGUUCGGGUACGACAAUGACGACUGGCUGCACACCCCUCUGCUGACACCCAUCGUCGCUCUGGGACUCACACACGAGCAGAUACAAGAGACGCUCAAGUACUUCUUGCUGUGCUCGGACAGAGUGGGCCAGGUCACCAAGACGUAUCAUGACAUCAAGGCAGUCACCCACCUUCUGGAGGAGAAAGAGCGGGAUCUCGAGCUAGCGGCGCGGAUUGGUCAAUCCCUGCUGAAACAGAACCAAGAAAUAACCGCACGCAAUGAAAUGCUGGAUGAACAGCUGGAAAUUGCAAAGGAAGAGAUCGCUCAACUGCGCCAUGAGCUGACGAUGCGAGACGACCUCCUUCAGUUCUAUGCGAGCACUGAGGAAAUCGAGAACGCUGAAUCACGCUCCCCAAUAAAAAGAAACGAGUCGUGCACUUCUCUCACCAACUUGGUCCACUACGACUUCCUGCAUCAGAAACUGAAGGGUCUGGAGGAUGAGAACCGCAAGCUGCGAACAGAGGCCAGUGAUCUCACAACGGAGACAACCAACUACGAGGAGCAAGAGCAGGAGCUGAUGAUGGUGUGUGUGGAAGAACUCUCAUCCGUCAAUAAGCAGGUGGUGGACCUGUCAGAGGAGCUGGCGCGGAAGGUGGAGGACUUUUUCCGGCAGCAGGAGGAAAUCAGCUCGCUGCUCGCUCAGGUGGUCGACCUGCAGGCUCGCUGCAAAGGGCUCUCACAUGAAAACGAGGAGCUGAACCAACACCUGAGUGCCUCCCGGGAGAGCCAGCUAAACCUUCAAUCAGAGCUCAAGGAUCUGCAGGACAAGUACUCACAGUGCGAGGACAUGCUCUGCGAGGCGCGAGGGGACAUAAAGAACCUGCGCAAUAAGAGCCUCCCCAACAGCACGGUGCAGCGGUACACCGCGCUGGCCUCCGUCCUCCCCAUGGACUCUCUGGCAGCCGAGAUAGAGGGCACCUUUCGCAAAGGCCUGGACACCCCCGCACCCUCAGAGUACAGGACUCACCCGUGGCGUGUGUUUGAAACCGUGAAGGUGGUGAACAAGGCGGUGAGGCUGCGGUCUCGCUGCCCCUCCCCCGGGCUGCCCGGCUCCAGCCCGCAGUCCGCUCGCGCCAGCUGCACCAGCACGCCCAGAACCAGCUACUACGGCUCCGACAACGCCAGCCUUACCCUGGAGGACAAGCCGAACUGCACUAGUGCUCAGAAAGAAGAGCAAAGUGGUAGUGGGCCGAAGCGUCUGGGCCAGCCGGGCACCCCAGGGGGUCAGGACCUGGAGGCCGCCUUGCGCAGCUUGUCCGCCCGCCAGCAGAGCCACUCCUCUGAGCGGCCGUUCUUUGAUGUGGAGCGCGAGCGUAAACUCCACGCCCUGGCAGCAGACUGCGAGGAGGGCGAGGGCUCCAGCGGCUUCCUGACGCCCAACGACAGCCUGGUAUCCAGCCCGGCCACAUCCACCGGCACCAACUACUCCAACGGCAGCUCACGGCAGUCCUGUGGCUCCUCAGGAGGAUCCAGGUCCUACCUGCCCGACCGCCUACAGAUAGUCAAACCACUGGAAGGCUCGGUGACUCUGCACCAGUGGCAGCAGUUGGCCAAACCGAACCUGGGGGGCAUCCUGCACCCCCGCCCGGGCGUACUGACGAAAGACUUCAGGGAGCUGGAGGUGGACAUACAGCACGUCUACAGUCUGAACGACCUGGAGGAGGACGAGCCUGACCUGUCGCAGCUCUCCGGGGCACAUGGCAUGGGUCCCAACCUCCCUCAGACUCCCCCCUCUCAUCUAACAACCACCUGCCAAGUCCUCCAACCCUCCCUCCUCAUGUCCUCCUUCUCCACUAGCCUUCGCUCUUUCAGCCUGCCAUCUUGUAGGAGCUGUGAGCAUGUGAGCACUUCAUCGCCAUCCCAGCAGCAGCACGUUGGCCCGGGAGGCCGGACCGCCACCACUUCAUCGCCGGGACUCCUGCAGCUUUUGCAAGAGCGCGGCAUCUCAUCUUCUCCUCAUCCUCAACACUACCUGCAGUGCAGCCACAGUGCAGAACCUUCACCACCCACAAAGAGAGACAAAGGUGGAGGGUUGCAAUCAGACAAAGAGAGAGAGGGGAGAGGGUACACUUUCAGUUUGAACUUGGUGGAGAAACUUCAAGGUCUGGGGUUGCACAGAGUGGCAGCUUUGGGGAUGCCGGGCCACAGUGGGAGAGUGAAGCAGUCAAACAUCCUCUGAAGAGUUCAAAGCGGACUGUUUCUCAGCGUAUUCACUUUAGAACCAGCCAUGUGUUCCCCGCUGUGUGCUGUUCAGACCCCACAGCUCUGAGGCCUCGAGGACAGAAGCCACAGAAUGUGCUAGAGCCAUAUUUAAACUUGUUGGUAGUGUACAGUUAUAUUCCUAUGUAUGAAUGUUUGUACAGUAGCUGUGUGUAUGUGUUUGUGACAUUCAUCUCAGGAGCAUCACCUGAUCGGUCUGUUUGACUGCAACAGCUGAUUCUUUCACAAAAUAAUCAUGAAGACAAAAAAGUUUUAUACUGUGUUUUGUGAUUAUCAUUCUACAUAUUUUUGCCUGCCACUGGUUUUAAAGGGGACAUAUCAUGUAAAAACACUGGUGCACAUUCAUUUGGGUAUCUGGAGUGCCUACCAGCCCAAAAACUGUAAAAUAAGAGAACACUUUGGGCUGCCAUGGUCAGAAAACAUGAGAUUUAAAAAAGCCAUUUAAACAUGGCCCCCCCUUCCUAUCUCACUUAGAACUACAUUUAGCAAGUUUUUCCCUAAAGCCAGUCAGAGUAGACUGGAUUUUUUAGGAGGUGUCCUUACAGAGACACUGGCUUAAAUGUAGCGUUUCAGACAUGGAGUGAAUAAAAGUAUUUCCAAGUCGAUAGUAUUAAAACAAUAAUGUAUUUUUUGAACAUUCAAGCAAUUGAACAUGAUCGAGUAGAAACCCAAGUAUGUCAACUACUAAUCACCAUGAUAUGUCCCCUUUAAAAACAAACCUUUUCCCAAAGUGGAACAUCACUUGUGUAUAUAUUGGUAUAAAAUGGUCUUUUGGGAAGUUAAAAUAACUAUAUGCAGUAAAUCAUUGUUAGGGCGGUGGUGUCGAAGUCCAUAGGGGCUUGGCUUGGGAACUGGAAGGUCUUGUCCAAGUCCCUGAAAGACCAAGUGCUACCGAGGUGUCCCUGAGCAAGGCACUGUUCCCUACACUACUCCCUGGGCGCCGUGCAUAAUGGCAGCCCACUGCUCGUAACACUAGGAUGGGUGAAAUACAGAAUGUAAAUGUCCCCUCUGUGGGACAUUUAAGGGUAUAUUCUUCUCUUUCUCUUUUUGAGUUUAAACCUCAAACCAAACGGAUGCUGUCACACUGAAGAACCUUCAAAAUAUAACCACUGAGAACACUCUGGUCUUCCUGCUUGUUAGCUGCUACACUGAGCAGAGCAUGUUGUAUUUAUUCUGAGAUAAACCAGAUGAAGAGGCAUUGGAAUUAUGCACUGACUGAAAUAUACAAUGUUGAUGAUUUUAACAUCCAGCCAUCUGCUCCACAGUUAUCUGUUCUGGCUGCAUAGAGUAUUGACUUUUUUAAACUUGAUCAUGAGCAAAACCUCACCAAAAAUAUAUCAGGUUGAAAGGGAUUUUUAUAAGCAAUAUGUAUAUUUACUGCACUGCGUUGACUGAGAAUCUUGCUUGUACAAAUCAGCUGCAUUUCACAUCGUCAGAGUUUUGAAAUUGCUAGGAUAUAAUUAAAAGGAAAGGGCAUUCAAAGUGAACUCCCUGUGUUGUAAGGGUAAUAUUUAAAGACGAGUAGAAGAAAAGGGCAUGUUUCUUUGAAAGCUGACCGAACAAUCAACAAGGCAUAGGAUACUGUGGAUUGGAAAGGGAAGAAAUCAUAAACACAGGUUAUCGUUAUAAUGUGUGUUCUGACUUAAAUCAACCAAACUGCACUAGUGUUUGCUCUGUCCUGUUAGCAGCACCGCUGUUAAUGUCAGUGUGUGUAACCCACCUGUGAAUAAACACUUUGCAUUUCCA